AUGUGUGCGCUGCGCAGUAACCGGGCCCUGUCGGCUGUUUCGCUGGCACAGCAGUAUCGCCUGGAUAUGAAGCCGAGGCGACCAGCCAUGCGGAAGUUGCAUCGGUCGCGGCGUCACAGCUCCUCAAGCGACGCGGAUCUGGAUGCAAACGUGGAAACGGAUGAGGUACUGGAACUAGUGGAGGAGGAGGAGGAUGAGGAGUUUGACUUUGAUGAAGAUGAAGAGCUUGACCUCCCCGCGGACAACACGGAGUUGAGUCAGCGCUAUUACCUGAUGUCGUGUCGUCAGCUGGGGGUGAUGCCCGUCCGCUCCAUUCUUAGAGGACUACUGCACGAGAAACUCUCAUGCAAAGGCUUCGUGCUCCUUCCGGAUGACGCUAAAGCGGCCACCAUAGCUAUCUUGGGCAACACUAUCGUUGAGACUGUUGAGUUUGAGAGAAAUGAAAUUGGGGAGAACUCUGCUCACUAUUUUGGCGAUGUUUUUAGGAAAAAUGUGUACCUAACAGAAAUUAGGUUGCGAUGGAACGGCCUGCGGACUGAGGGCGCGCGGGUGGUCUGUGAAGCCCUAGAGAAAAACAAUAGCGUCCGAAUUCUUGACCUCACCGGGAACCAGUUCAACGAUCGAGACGCCAUCUACUUCCGGGAUCUCCUAGAUGAAAAUAGUGCCAUGUAUGAGUUACACUUGAGCCACAACUACUUCCGGGAAAGGGGUGGUGAAUACAUUGCCGAUGGUUUAGCGGCGAAUGACUUCCUGCGGGUACUGGACCUUAGUUGGAACCACCUCCGGAUGGGAGGGGCCACCGCGAUCGGCAAGGCGCUCGCGAAAAACAUAAACCUUGAGGUUCUGAACCUUUCGUGGAAUGGGAUGUACCAAGAGGGCGCGUCCCAGAUCGCCACCUCGCUCACCCGGAACCAAGCGCUCCGUGACCUUGACCUCUCCUGUAAUAGGCUCUCAGAGGCCUGUGUAGCCACUUUUCUCGCUGGAUUAAAAAACAACAGCACGCUCAAGAAAUUGAGGAUCGGAAGGAAUCACAUUUCUCACGUUGGCGCGGUGCUAGUUUUAGAUUAUAUCAAGAACAACCCGAAGAUCGGACUCGAAUAUAUUGAUAUGGGAGACCAGCACGUACGUGACGACUUUAUUAAGCUGUUGAAAGAACUGCAGGAGAACAGACGACUGGAAGUCGUGUUCGGAAUAGUUUGGUCAUGUGACAGGGACCCCAUCGGCAAACAAGAUGCCUCCGAGGACGAGCUCGCGCUUCUGAACGAGAAUCCCCACUUCGUGCUGAUGGAGUUCAUGCGGAUACAGAAACUGCGGCUGGUGGACCUCUUCCACCAGAUGGACAAGGACAACAGCAAGGGCAUCAGUGUGGACGAGUUCCAAAAUGGACUCAGGGAGGUGCACAUUCCACUGAAACGGAAGACCUUAGAAACGUUUGUGCGCAAGUGCGACACCGACAAUAAUGGGGAAAUUGAAUACUCGGAGCUGAUCGAAGCCAACAAGCUGUAUAAAGAGGCUCUCCGGAAGCUUGCGAAGUCAACCACCCCAAUGGAAAAAAGCGCCAUAGGCCGCAUACAGAAACUCCUCCGCAAGAUUAUGCUGGAUAACCGUGGACUCCCACCGGACCAGGGGAACCAACUUGCUACCGGAAGUACAACCUGA